AUAUUGUAAUUCACGGCGUGUGUGUGAGUCCAUGGGGAAAACGUGGUUGCAGAAAUGCAGUCAUGGCUAAUCCACUAGAACAGUUUAUUUUACUGGCGAAGAACCUAAAAGAUGCAGCUUUAGUUUCUCUCAUAAAUCAGAUGCUAGAAGCACCAGGAGUUUAUUCCUUUGGGGAAUUUCUGGAACUGCCAUGUGUAAAACAGCUUUCUACUGGUCCCAACCAGGAAUACUCAAGGUUGCUGGACUUGUUUGCCUACGGCACCUAUCAUGAUUAUAAAGCCAAUAAGGAUGCUUUGCCUGCUCUUUCUGAAGCCCAGAAGAAUAAACUAAGGCAUUUGACCAUAGCAAGUUUGGCUGCAAACACACAAUGUAUUCCAUACAGUGUACUUCAGCAGGCUCUGGGUGUGGCCAGUGUGAGGCAGUUGGAGGAUGUGUUAAUCGAGGCAGUGUAUUUGGACGUCAUUAGAGGGAAAUUGGACCAGUGCAAGCAGCAGCUCGAGGUGGAAACCUGCAUCAGUCGAGACAUGCGCUAUGAGAACACAGGACGACUGGUCCAUACGCUUAAUGAAUGGUGCGUUAGCUGUGAGAAUGUGUGCUGUGCAAUAGAGCUGCAGGUACACAGAGUAAAACAGAGCCGAGAGCGUCAUCAUCAAGCCCAGCAGCAAAUCCAAACAGAGGUGUCGAACAUUUGUCAGAUGCUGACUGCUGCUGCAUCUUCAUCCACCUCCAUGUCUUCUCAAACUCCCGAGCAGAAGAAGUCGCCAGACGGCACAAAGCUCGCUUUAAAAUCACAAGCAAGAGCGAAUGUUCCAGCACCCCAAAACACUACUCCACAUGCUAACAAACAACAGUAACUUUGAUUUUGGGGAAUUUAGCCGCAUUAAAACUGUUCAAUGUUUGAAUUUA